AUGUCAUCUAUUGUUUAUGAAAUUAGCGAGCUUUCGCGUAUUGGUAAAAUUUCAUCAGAGUUUGGUUUAACAGGCAGUCGGCUCUACACAUGCACUUACGAGGCUCAGUCCGAGCAAUUAUGUACAGAGAAUGAACUAGGCACGUACCUAAUUGAUGGUGAUCAGCCGACAAAGACAAUCCAUCAAGAAAAAUUCAACUUUGGUGAAGGCCUGGACAAAAAUAAGGUCAUGGUACGUGCAUUGUUCUUACACCAGUCAUACAAGGUGAACACAACCGGCUACUACUGUGUUGACGUGGCGCCCUUUGUUACGGUCAAUGACUUGGCCGAGAUGCCAGACAAGCUAUUUCGUGGACAUGUGGAGUUUAUAAACCGAUACCGUGGACAACUCCCUGCUUCUGAACAUCCGAAGCUCUACUUUUAUGGUUGGCUUAUGCUCGUCUACAUGGUUUUAUGUGCUGUGUGGCUCUACAUGUGCUAUGUACAUAAAGACCAGAUUGUGACAGUGCAGCACUUCAUUACUGGCACAAUUGUCUUUCUGAUGAUCGAGAUGGCGUGCGAAUGGGCGUCCUACCAUUACUUUAAUCAACACUCUAUUGAUUACAUGUUUUUCCGCUCUGUUGACGGUCAGGCAUCUGUCACUGGCAUGGCACGCUUCUGGCUCACGCUGACGAAUGUUCUUGGGGCAGCAAGAGAUAGUCUGUCUUUCUUUCUUUUGCUCAUCGUCUCCAUGGGCUAUGGAGUAGUGAGGCCGACGAUCGGGCCCGUGAUAUACAAGGUAUAUUUGCUCACGGUCCUCCAUUUCGUAUUCGGUGUGAUGUACUCGGUCGGUGUGAUCCUCGUUUUACUCGAUAUUACGUCCGGCUGGGUUGCAUUUUUCAUUUUCCCUUUGGCUUUCACACUCACGGCCUUUUACAUGUGGAUCUUACAUUCGCUCAAAGCUACGAUCCGAUACCUGUCGGAGCGUAGACAGACGUUCAAGUGUGCAAUGUUCCAGCGACUGAAUGGCAUUUUGCUCGGUGCUGUCGCAUUCUUGACACUUUAUUUCUUCGGAAUGAUCCUGCUUGUAUCAGUCAGUGGGCCCAAUACAUUUGCGUAUCAUUCAUGGAAGUAUCGCUGGUUCAUUUUAGAUGGCGCACUUACGCUUCUGUACUUGAUCGUAUUUGGACUCAUUGCAUGGUCCUGGCGUCCAACAGGUCACAAUAUGCGGCUCGCCAUGUCUGACGAGCUUGCAACGGACGAGGAGGCACCUGGAGCCGAAUUUGAAAUCCACACAAUUGGUUCUGACCACGAAGACAUGGAUGCAGAUGCUAGGGAGGUGGGCUCCGAGCAUCUACAAGGUCUUUCUCAGGCACAAAGCGAGACGGGUGUGCCACGUGAAUACAAUGAAUUCGAGUCGAAUGGACGCAUCGCGCUACGUAACAAGGAAGAGGACGAUGGAGACGAUAAUUCUGAUCAAUUUGAUGUGGUGUUUGAAGCGAACAAAGAAGAUGAAGAUUUGUCGCGCAAGUCGUACGACAUUGAGAGCCGUCAUGGCCACGAAAAGCGGCGUCUUCAGUUGAAUGAUGAUUACGAAGAUGAUGCAUGA